AUGGAGCAGGAGACUGCAAGGAAGAGGAAAAUGCCCCAGGACACCGAGGCAGAACUCAUCAGGCGCCAGGACAUCCACACUGGGGAGAGGUCCUACAAGUGUCCUGAGUGUAGGAAGAGGUUUCAGAUUAGCUCCACUCUUCUCCAGCACCAGCGCAUUCACACUGAUGAAAAGCCCUUCUGCUGCCCCGACUGCGGGAAGGGCUUCAACCGCAACUCCUAUCUCAUCAGGCACCGGCGCAUCCACACUGGGGAGAGGCCCUACGAGUGUCCCCAGUGUGGGAAGAGGUUUCAGACCAGCUCCAAUCUCCACCUUCAUGAGCGGAUUCACACUGACGAGAAGCCCUUCCGCUGCCCUGACUGCGGGAAGGGCUUCAACCGCAACUCCACCCUCAUCACCCACCAGCACAUCCACACUGGGGAGAGGCCCUACCACUGUCCCUGGUGUGGGAAGAGCUUCACCAGCAGCUUUAACUUGACCAGACACCAACGGAGGCACCAUUAA